AGAGAGGAAUGACUUGAUUUUCCUUAAUCAUGAGUGAACAAGAUUAUGAAGAAAGUGGGCCAAAUCCAAGGGAUGGGAUUGCCAGAGAGAGUAGUCCAUUUAUUAACAGUGCAGAGAUGGACAGAGGAAACAUGUAUGAAGGAAAGAAUAUGGCUCUCUUUGAGGAAGAAAUGGAUAGUAAUCCCAUGGUGUCAUCUCUUCUUAAUAAACUAGCAAACUACACUAAUCUAACUCAAGGCGUGGUGGAACAUGAAGCAGAUGAAGACAGCAAGCGAAAAGAAGUCAAGGUUCCACGUAUGGGCACUUUUAUUGGUGUGUACCUGCCCUGCUUGCAAAACAUCUUGGGAGUCAUCCUUUUCCUACGUUUAACGUGGAUUGUGGGAACAGCUGGAGUUCUUCAGUCUUUCAUCAUCGUGUUCAUGUGUUGUGCUUGUACUAUGCUAACAGCAAUUUCAAUGAGUGCAAUAGCAACAAAUGGUGUCGUUCCAGCUGGAGGCUCUUACUACAUGAUUUCAAGAUCUUUAGGGCCAGAGUUUGGUGGAGCAGUGGGACUUUGUUUCUACUUGGGUACAACCUUUGCAGGAGCAAUGUACAUUCUUGGUACCAUUGAAAUUUUAUUGACCUACAUUUCUCCAAGUGCUGCUAUAUUUAAGGCAGAAGAGAUUGGUGAAGAAACAGAGGCUAUGCUGAACAACAUGAGAGUUUAUGGAACAUGUAUCAUCAUUCUGAUGGCCAUAGUAGUUUUUGUAGGAGUAAAGUACGUCAACAAACUUGCACUGGUCUUCCUUGCCUGCGUGAUUCUUUCCAUCAUUGCCAUAUAUGCUGGAGUUAUUAAAACUGCUUUUGACCCACCUGACUUUCCUAUCUGUCUCCUUGGAAACCGUACAUUGUCAAAACGCAGCUUUGAUGUCUGUGCCAAAUUUACUGAAAGCAAUAAUGAAACAAAGACUACAACUUUGUGGCAACUAUUCUGUGAUAGUUCUUUGCUUAAUGCUACAUGUGAUGACUACUUUAGUCUCAAUAAUGUAACAGAAAUUCAAGGGAUUCCAGGAAUAAUGAGUGGAGUUCUAACUGAUAAUCUGUGGAGUACCUAUUCAGAAAAAGGAUCAAUAGUUGAGAAAAAAGGUCAGCCAUCAGUUGCUGGAUCAGAGGAGAUAAAAACGGGCAGUCUCCCUUACGUUUUUACAGACAUCAUGACCUACUUCACAAUGCUUGUAGGGAUUUAUUUCCCAUCUGUGACAGGUAUUAUGGCAGGUUCAAACAGAUCUGGAGACCUCAAGGAUGCUCAGAAAUCUAUUCCUACUGGAACAAUUUUGGCUAUUUCAACUACGUCUUUUAUUUAUCUCUCCUGUAUAGUGUUGUUUGGUGCCUGUAUAGAAGGUGUGAUAUUAAGAGAUAAGUUUGGAGAAGCAGUUAAUGGAAAUCUAGUGGUUGGUACACUGGCCUGGCCUUCUCCUUGGGUUAUUGUGAUUGGUUCAUUCUUUUCAACAUGUGGUGCUGGUCUCCAGAGUCUCACUGGUGCACCCCGUCUGUUGCAGGCCAUUGCAAGAGAUGGCAUUGUACCAUUUAUUCAAGUAUUUGGUCAUGGAAAAGCAAAUGGAGAACCAACUUGGGCUCUGCUCCUCACUGCUGGUAUUUGUGAAAUAGGAAUUUUGAUAGCCUCAUUGGACAGUGUAGCACCAAUUCUUUCAAUGUUUUUCCUUAUGUGCUAUAUGUUUGUAAAUCUGGCUUGUGCAGUUCAGACACUUUUACGGACUCCCAACUGGAGACCUCGUUUCAAGUAUUACCACUGGACUCUCUCAUUCCUGGGGAUGAGUUUAUGUCUCGCCUUGAUGUUCAUUUGCUCUUGGUACUAUGCUUUGAUUGCCAUGCUAAUCGCAGGAUGUAUAUACAAAUACAUAGAAUAUAGAGGAGCGGAAAAAGAAUGGGGUGAUGGAAUCAGAGGACUGUCUCUGAAUGCAGCUCGCUAUGCUUUGCUUCGUGUUGAAGAUGGCCCUCCUCAUACCAAGAACUGGAGGCCUCAACUUUUGGUCUUGUUAAACUUGGAUAGUGAGCAGUUGGUGAAACAUCCUAGAUUGCUUUCUUUCACCUCUCAGUUGAAGGCUGGUAAAGGAUUGACUAUAGUGGGAUCUGUGCUUCAGGGAAUCUACUUGGAUAAGUGUACAGAAACUCAGAAAGCUGAAGAGAACGUUAAGGCCUUAAUGGGAGUAGAAAAGACUAAAGGAUUUUGCCAGAUUGUGGUGUCUCCUAAUUUCAGAGAUGGAAUAUCCUAUUUGAUUCAGUCAGCUGGUCUAGGAGGGAUGAAGCAGAACACAGUCCUGAUGGCAUGGCCACAGUCAUGGAAGCAGACAGAAAAUCGUUUCUCAUGGAAAAAUUUUGUUGACACUGUACGAGAAACAACAGCUGCUCAGCAAGCAUUGUUGGUGGCUAAAAACAUUGACUUAUUUCCAACAAAUCAAGAACGUUUUACUGAAGGAAACAUAGAUGUGUGGUGGAUUGUUCAUGAUGGUGGUAUGCUGAUGUUACUGCCUUUUCUCCUUCGACAGCACAAGGUUUGGAGAAAAUGUAAAAUGCGUAUCUUCACUGUUGCUCAAAUGGAUGAUAACAGCAUUCAAAUGAAGAAGGAUCUUCAGAUGUUCUUGUAUCACCUUAGACUGAAUGCUGAAGUGGAAGUUGUUGAAAUGUUUGAAAAUGAUAUUUCUGCGUUCACAUAUGAGAAGACACUUAUGAUGGAACAACGAUCUCAGAUGCUAAAACAGAUAAAAUUGUCAUUAGUAACCUUUUUGUCCCAGAUUCAGAGCAUCACUGAUGAGUCUCGAGGCUCAAUCAGAAGAAAAAGCUACUCCAGUCCACAGUCCAUUGGCCAAGAUGCACAAGCACUGCUGACUAAUGAUUGUCGAGAGGAGGAGGCUCAGCUGAUCCAUGACAGAAACACUGCCUCGCACUCAGCUCCAGCAGUCAAAGCAAGUGUGACUACUGCUGUGCCGGAAAAAGUGCACAUGACUUGGACUAAAGAAAAGCUUGUAGCUGAAAAGCAUAAAAACAAAGACUCAAAUGUGUCUGGCUUUAAAGAUAUUUUCAACAUGAAGCCGAAUCAGUCAAAUGUGAGAAGAAUGCACACUGCUGUGAAGCUCAAUGGAGUAGUGCUUAACAAAUCACAACAUGCUCAGCUGGUUCUCCUGAAUAUGCCUGGACCUCCUAAAAACAGAAAAGGGGAUGAAAACUACAUGGAGUUUUUGGAAGUUCUGACAGAAGGUCUGGAUAGAGUUCUCCUUGUCCGAGGCAGUGGACGUGAAGUGAUCACCAUUUAUUCUUAACCUGUUUGCACAUUUUGUUCAAAUUCUCUCCCCGCCAUAGUUUGAGCAGCUUCAUUAAAAGUUCUAGUGCAUUGAAAAUUAACUGCAAGCUGAAUCUUCUGGUGUUGUGCUUGUUUAAUUAAAGUUCUAUAUUCUUAAAAUAUAAUUUAAAUAUAUUUUAUGUAGAAAGUGUUUCUGUAGUGAAUUAAUAAAUGGUGGAUGGGUUAGGAUAUUUAUAUUAGCAUAUUCUGAAACUUGUUAAAUUGUUGUGAAACACAAAUGAUGUAAUGCAAUGGUAUUUUUAAAUGUAUAGAAAUGUAAGCAACUUCUGAUUAUUUCAAUCUAAAUAAAAGGGAAAGGUUUUAGGAAUAGCUGGCUUCCUCCCUUACCACACUGCUGCUAUGUUGCUUCUGUUGGGAUUGGUCCUGGUUUAGGAAACUUCAUUCAGAACUAUUCAAAUUUGUAUAUUAUGUUCAUCAAGUGUUUCCAUGAAGUUAAUUAUUUGCUAUGCUUGUUUUAAAUAACAUUUUUCUCUUUAAAAUACUUAGCCAGGUAGCUGAAGUCUCCAGGUGAUGGUAAUAGUAAACUGACAAGUUGUGUGGGUUUUUUUCAUUAGCAGUUGUAUACAGCACAAUUAUACCAGUGAUACCUAAGAACGUCAACUCAUAGGAGGGCUACGAUUGUAGUACCUCCACCUGAUUGCAAAUGUAAUUGUAACAACUGAUAAACAGCAAGUAGGUUAAUGAAGU